UGUCACUUGUUCGAAAAAGGUUCAUCUCUCUCUACGAUUCUUCUUCCUUCCUUCCUUUUUCAACUCACAUGUGAACCAAAUCAUAAAAUGUGCAGAACAACCACAUGGCUUUUCAUCAUGUUUUCAUCUCCAUUACUUCACCUAUUCUAACUUCCUACAAACCCUAACUCCACUCAAUUUCUCAACCUUACGUCAUCGCCAUUCAAGAUCUAAUUCAUCACGUUCGUCAAUUCAACUUCCAAUUCAAACUCUUUGGAUUCAAAUUAAACACUUGUAGGUGUUGAUUUGAAAGAGGAAUAAUCGAUCUAGGGUUUAUACAGUCGGCAUUUACGGUUUGGAGUGUAGCAGCGCGAUUUAAUGGCGCUGUUUAAGCGGUUCUUUUACCGGAAACCGCCGGAUCGGCUGUUUGAGAUCUCCGAGAGGGUUUACGUUUUCGAUUGCUGUUUCUCGACUGACGUACUUGAAGAAGAUGAGUACAAGGUUUACAUGGGUGGCAUUGUGGCCGAGCUACAAGACUACUAUCCUGAUUCAUCUUUCAUGGUUUUUAACUUUAGAGAAGGUGACAGAAGGACUCGAAUAUCAGACAUAUUAUCGCAAUACGACAUGACGAUAAUGCAAUACCCUCGGCAGUAUGGAGGGUGCCCGGUGUUACCAUUGGAAAUGAUCCAUCACUUUUUGAGAUCUAGUGAAAGCUGGCUCUCUUUAGCGGAUCAGCAAAACGUGCUUCUCAUGCAUUGUGAAAUGGGCGCGUGGCCCGUGCUUGCAUUUAUGCUUGCUGCUCUUCUCUUAUUCAGAAAAGAGUAUAGCGGUGAGCAAAAGACUCUUGAAAUGGUGUAUAAGCAAGCUCCUAGAGAGCUUCGUCUUUUAACACCUUUCAAUCCACAACCGUCUCAACUGAGGUAUCUUCAGUACAUAUCCCGGAGAAAUCUAGGUUCUGAUUGGUCGCCCUCAGACACACCAUUGACUUUGGAUCAUAUCAAACUUAAAUCCCUUCCUUUGUUUGGUGAAAAGGGUUGUAGACCUGUAAUUCGAAUCUAUGGUCAGGAUUCAUCUUCAACAACAGCCAAUAAGGGAUCUAAGCUUUUGUUUACAUCCUCCAAAACCGAAGAACAAGACCGCUACUAUCAAUCAGAAGAGUGUGAGCUGGUGGAAAUUGAUAUUCAUCACUGUGUACAAGGAGACGUGGUUCUUGAAUGCGCGCAUUUGGAUCACGUUAGUCAGGAAAGGAUAUUUAGAGUAAUGUUUCACACAACAUUUGUGAGAAACGGUGUACUUAUUUUGAAUCAUGACGAAGUUGAUAUUAUAUGGGAUGCAAGAGAUCUGAUACCAAAGAACUUUAGAGCAGAGGUAUGUUUUUCGAAUGUUGAUGAACUACCAUCUAUGAUCACUACGCAUGAAGAGUAUUUCGAGGUAGAAGAGCUUUUUAGUAGAAAAAACUUGGCAGGGGUAAUAAGUAACCAAGAGGAAGAAGACAGUGCAGGGAAGAAGUUGAGUAGAAAAGAAUCUGAUGAAUUAGAGGUUGGUUUGGAUGGUGUUGCAAACCAAUCUCCACAAUCUCCUCCCCCACCCCCACCCCCACCUCCACAAUCUCCACCCCCACACCCACCUGCAACAUAUGCAGCUCCAUUUCCUCAAAUAAUGGGGCCCUUCCUGAAGGAGUUUGAACAUCUUAAAAUCCAACUAGAAGAUAUAAAAUCAGCCACUGACAACUUUGGUGUAAACAAAUUAAUUGGAAGUGGUGGAUUUGGGAGGGUGUAUCGAGGAGAAGUUUCUCACUCCAAUGGAAAAAGCAUGUGUGCUUUCAAGCGUCUAGAUCCAAAGUAUGGGCAGGGAGAGCCUGAGUUCUUGAAGGAGAUCAUGAUGCUUUCUGAUUAUAAGCACGCGAAUCUCAUCUCUUUAUUGGGAUAUUGUGACGAGGGUGGUGAAAAGAUACUUGUGUAUGAGUAUGCCUCUAAUGGAAGCCUUGAUCGUCAUUUAAGUUCCAAUCUUCUUACGUGGGGGCAACGUAUCAAGAUUUGCGUUGAUGCUGCAAGAGGACUAAGUUUUCUUCAUGAUGACAAGGGCACAAAGCAAAGAGUUCUUCACCGGGAUAUAAAAAGUGCAAACAUUCUCCUGGAUGACAAUUGGAAUGCUAAAGUUUCGGACAUGGGACUGUCUAGAUUAGGACCAGCUAAUCAGCGCCACACAGUUGUUAUUACCCGCAGUAUUGUAGGUACCCCUGGGUAUUGUGACCCACAAUAUUUGAAUUCAUUCACCCUAUCGAAAGAAUCAGACGUAUACUCUUUUGGCGUUGUCUUAUUCGAAGUCUUAUGUGGAAAAUUGUGCUUUAAUAAUAGCAACGGCCAGGUAGAUGUUUUGGUGCCUAUGUGGAAAAAAGCCUACAAACAAAAGCGAUUACAUGAGAUUGUCUUCCAAGGUCUGACGAGACCGAUGGACUCAACUUCUUUGGAAACUUUUUCAUGCAUCGCAUUUCAGUGUUUGCACAAAUCUCGUGAAGAACGGCCAAAGAUGGCAGAUGUUGUAGAAAAGCUGGAGACUGCAUUGGAAUUUGAAUUUCGAUCAGAAGCCGCCAUAUAAAAAAUAUCAACAGAUGGACUUGAGGCGAAACAGUAAUUCGCUAGUUUUCCAUAGUGUGUUAUUUUUUGUUUUUUUUUUUUUUUUUAUAGAUCUCUAUACAAAAAGUAACACCAGCAGAACGAAUUCAAACUUCAAGAAUCUGAUUGAAUUCAAAAAUCAUGAAAGGAUACAAAAUGUUCAGUUUUAUAUGAUACAUAUAGAAUAAAAAAGCUGCAACAUUUUAUUCUA